AUGAAAGUCAAUUGCAACAUCUAUUUAUUCGCAUUCGUAUGCUUCACAUGUGCAAUCGAUCUUGUUCUCACUGGACGGGACUUUUAUAAGAUCUUGAAAUUACCAAGAACGGCAACGUUAAACCAAAUCAAGAAAUCUUAUCGAACAUUAGCCAAAGAAUUGCAUCCAGAUAAGAAUAAAAAUGAUCCAAAAGCACAAGAACGUUUUCAAGAUCUAGGAGCUGCUUAUGAAGUAUUAUCCGAUGCGGACAAACGAAAAACUUAUGACAGACAUGGUGAAGAAGGUUUGAAACGGCAAGGAAACGAUGAUUCGUUUCAUGAUCCAUUCUCUAGUUUUUUUGGUGAUUUUUUUGGUGGAUCAAGAGAUGACGAACAUCGUCAUGUACCACGUGGUGGAGAUUUAGUCAUGGAUCUGCAUGUUACACUUGAAGAAGUGUACAAUGGAAAUUUUAUUGAAGUCGUUCGAGUAAAACCUGUUGCAAAGGAAACAUCUGGAUCAAGACGAUGCAAUUGUCGAAUGGAAAUGCGAACCAUUCAAAUGGGCCCCGGACGGUUUCAAAUGAUGCAAGAUCAAGUCUGUGAUGAAUGUCCAAAUAUAAAAUUCGUUACUGAAGAGAAAGUUUUGGAAAUCGAGGUUGAACUCGGUGUUCCUGAUGGCUAUCAGAUUCCAUUUCUCGCUGAAGGAGAGCCACAUAUCGAAGGUGAACCGGGUGAUUUGAAAUUCAUUAUUCGAGUUCAAAAACAUACAAGAUUUGAACGUCGAAACAAUGAUUUACACACAAAUUUAACCAUUACAUUGCAAGAUGCUUUGAACGGUUUUGAUGUUACACUUCCACAUCUUGAUGGACAUAAUGUAACAAUCAAACGUGAGAAAAUCACUUGGCCAGGUGCUCGAAUAAAGAAGAAAGGAGAAGGUCUCCCCCAACACGACCAAAAUAACAUUGUUGGUGAUCUUUAUGUGACAGUCGACAUCGAUUUUCCAAAAGGGGAAUUGACUGGUGAGCAACGUGAAGCCGUGAAAACUCUUUUAAAUCAAGAAUCUAAACAUCGAUUGUACAAUGGCAUCUAA